CCGGGGGAAGGUCGAUUCAACGAGCUGUUUACAGCAGCUCAAGUGUGCGUGUGUGUUUUAGAGUCUUAUAGGACUAUCAUCAUCACAAUGUCGAGUCAGACUUCAAAAGUGGAGUUUAAAAGUAAAGGUUUAGAGGUCAAACUGGGAUUAAUUUCACGGCUUCAACAAUUAUUUACUUGCAGCUAUCUCGGACUUCACAUGAAGGUCUAGUUUAUACCACUUCUUCAUCGUCGUUCUCCUGGGCGAGCAGACGAAGAUCGAGCUGUCGGCGAGCAGGAGAAGUGACAGAGACUGAGAGUCAGGAAGUCAGGAGUGACUAUUCGCUGAUUAUUGUUAGUCGCCAAAAAUUGGUUGUCUGCUGCAUCAGGUGUGCACGUAACAUGGACAGAAACCUUUUGCAGCGAUUGCCUUUGCACGAUACCCUCCGUUAGAGUUCAGUAGCCAAAGCAUCAUGUUUAUUGGAAAGUUUAUUUUCGCUAUUUUUGCAUUCUGAACCGAUUAUUAGCAGAAAAGGAUUUUGCCAACUGCCCUAAAAAAGACUCAUGUAGUGACGUCACUCACAGAUACAAAAGCUUAGAAUAGAAGACGCAUACAUUUGAAUCAAAAUUAAACUGUAGUGUAAGUUCUUUGCGUUCUGUGAACGAACGUCAGUUAUUACAAUGCCACGUCAGUGUGCAGCAGUUGGGUGCCAUGAAAAGAAUGGACUGGGAACACCCUUCAGCUUUCACUCUUUUCCAAGGGAUAAAGCCUUGAGGAAAGCAUGGACCUUGAAAGUAAACCGUAUGGAUGUGAAAACAAAAAGACUUUGGCAGCCGAAGGAUUGUGACGUCUUGUGCUCUAAACACUUUGAACCUUCAUGCUUCCCAGAUAAGUUACGAUUGGCUAAUACAUUUGGCUUCAAGUUCAAGGCAGAUCUUGUACCUGGAGCAAUACCAACAAUAUUCCACCAUAAUGAAGCAUCUAGAAAACGAAAGCAAGAAAUCUUAGACCAACAGUCAGCUUCAGUGAAACGCCGACAUAAGAAACGGGUGAUGAGCGAAUUGCUGGCAUCUUUAGAAGGAAAAGAGCUCAAAGAUAUGAGGAGUUUGGCUAGCACUCACUGCCAAGAUGCGCAGGGAUUACAUGACCGAUCUGGGGUGGAAACCAGUCUGCCACAAGUCAUUUACCUUGUACCACUUCUGGUAUUCAACACUGCACAACAGAAUAUGAAUGGCAAGAUUAGUAACUUUAAAAGGGAGCUGGAGACUGAAGAGCCGAUUUAUGAAGCUCAGCAGCAGAAAGAGUGUGCCAAGAUAACGAUAAUCAAAAGAGAAGCACUAUCUGACAAGAGAGAGGAAUUUCAUGAACAUCAUCAAACUUUAAAUGCCGAUGUCAAAAAAAGGGAGGUGCAGAACCAAGAGGAACAAAUUACAAAAUUUGAACAGCAGAUAGACUAUGUGAAGAACAUAAAAAAAGAAUUGAAGAUUGAACAAGAGGAGCAGCUUCUGAACACUUUUAAAUAUGCAGACUUUGUAAGUACCAUAAACAUGAAAAUGGAGUGUCCGAUUGACAAUGAUUAAACAGAGUAAAUGUGUUAUUUAUUGUGGUAUCAAAAGCAUUAUGUUACUGAUUUAGUAAUUAACUUGUCCUCUUCUUGACUGGUUACUUUUGUUGUCACUAGGAGUAAUCAUUCUUUAUAUUUUUCAUUUUGCACUUUCACCCAUCAGCAGUGAACAUCUUUUGUGCACACAUCAUAUGAUUUAUCAUAUAUUUAGUUAUCAGCAUUUGAAGUCAUGGGUCAUUCUUUCUUUUCACAUAUUCAGAGGAUUUAUUAAUUUUUGUGUUGUGACAAAGUAAACUCCAUAACUAUAAAAGCUACCAAACAGUUUUGGAGUUUAAAAAAAAAAAUGUCUUUUUUUGUCAUGGUAGCAAAUGUAUUACACAGACUGCUAAGCUUCAUGCAAUAUCAGACGUGACUCUUUAGGUUAUCAUGAUCACUAUAAAAUAAAAAUGCAAUGCUGGAAAUUAACCAUCGAUCAAAUAAACAUUUACAGAAGUUUAUCUUUGAGAAAUGUGUUUAUACUUUAUUUACAAUAAAACAAUUGUAAAAAUUAACUCUAAUGCACCCAUUCAGUAACAGAAUAACACAGUGUAGAUGGCAA